AUGACAGCUCUGUUGACCCACCCAUCUGCAAAAGAUCCACUCGGAAGAUCGGCGGUGGGUCCUCCGGGCCCCGGUGAAGGAGCUGAAGAAGGACUCGGAGGAAGAGCACUUGGUGCAAGCGAUAUUGAAGGGGAUGGAGAUGGAGUUGCAGCUUCAGGAGCUGGAGCAGGUGCCAGAACUGGUGCCGGGGAGGGAGUUGGGGGUGCAACCGCCGGGGUAGGGCUGGCGGUGGGUGAGACAGUUGGGGCGGCGACUGGGGCUUGGGCUAUGCAUGAGGUGGCGAAAAGAGCCAAUAACAAGAAUACUGAUCGGGACAAUGUAGCGGAAGCCAUCUUGCUGAUUUGA